AGUGUGUACCAUCUUUUUGGGUUUACCUGAGUGGUGCAACGAAGAAGAGUUUUGAGACCGGAAAAAGCAGAGUUGAACAUGCUAAUCCUCAGUAAAACAUCAUGUGUUUAUUCCCACAUAUGUAACAUUACAUGCACACAACGGAACAUGGCGUCUUUGUUGAGGCUCUCGACUAUCACCAAACAGCUCCGCGGAAUGUGUCUUGUCACUUUGGGCUCUCCUUCAAACAAACACACGCAGCCCACAGGCAUCAAACAUGCCACAAAUAUGUGGUAUGGAUUUACCAAUGGCCCUAAAAGGUGGAGUAGAAACAUCCACCUGACCGCUGAACGACGAGAACCUCAUGCUUUGCACACAAGAAAUGUGUUUCCCAGUGAGCUGUCUGAGGCAGCCUAUGAGAAGCUGGCUGAAGAGACGCUGGAAUCCUUGGCUGACUACUUUGAAGACUUAAUGGAUGAACCUUUCACUGGAGCAGACUAUGAUGUGGUGUUUUCUAGUGGUGUGCUGACAGUCAGUGUAGGUGGUGACAAAGGAACAUAUGUGAUCAACAAGCAGACACCAAACAAACAGAUUUGGCUUUCAUCUCCAACCAGUGGUCCAAAGCGCUACGAUUGGACGGGUGACGGUUGGGUUUACAGUCAUGAUGGCGUCAGCCUGCACCAGCUUCUGUCUCGGGAGUUUUCUGCCAUCUUCAAAAUGAGCAUGGAUCUCUCUGGCCUGCGUAUUCCCGACCCCUCAAGUUGAGCUCUGCCCCGUGAGUUCUACAGACGCCAAAGAAGGUCAUUUAACAUCAACUAUGGUAAACAAUUAGAUUGGAGAGUAUUUAUAAGGGUGGGGCUUCUCGAUUAUUUUAACUAUAUGUAAUUUAUGAUCCUAUUAAACGUUGCAAAAUGGACAAGUGUUUGUAUGGUAUUCAACAUGAUCCAAAUAUUUUUAAACACCUGACAAUUUAGGGAAUUCAGCAUAGAAUUGAUGGUUUUCUGUGUGUGUAGUUUCCAUGUGGGGACCCGUUUCACCCCACAUCCCCAAAACUCGACUAAUUUGUGUGAAGGCUCCAGCACAUCCGCGACAAUAAGAAGAAGAAGAAGCGGUGUAGAAAAUGAAUAGGUGGUGCUUAAAAGCAAAAUGAUAAAAAUUAAGACAAUAAUAUAUACUUCAAGACAAAACUUAAUUAUCAUGCAUUUUCUCCUUUUAAACUUGUUUUCCACCAAAAGUUCUGAUUUCCAGGACAAAGUUUGUAUAACUCAGUCUGAUGACGUUUAUUUUUACAUUGACGCCAUGUAAAUAAACACACAUUAGAUUAUUAUAAGUAAAUAUAAAACAAUGAUUUAAAAACCUGUGUUAUACAUUAAAAAUCAAGCCUUUCCCCCCCUAGCCUGUAAAUUUACAUUGUGAAAGUUGUCCUCAUUAAAAGAUGAGUCUUUAUUGUCCAUUUCAGGCGUAGAUAAUACAAAAGAUUAAAAAAAUCAAUGUCAGAGUUUAGCUCACAUUUAGCACAAUCACACAAUCUAGCAUUGGCCUGGUAGCAUUAGCAUUCGGUUCAGUUGGCUUUCGGCUAAUUAUAGGAAUUCCAUGUCAGUGUCUACUGUUACAUAAUGUAGCCAAGUAAAUAUGAAAUAUAUGAUGUGAUUUACCUUUGUUCCACUCGUUCCUUCUGUAGCUUUAGUGAGCAGAGUUGUUCAUCUGGCUUGUUUGUGGUUUUACACGCUCCUUUCGUUCCUCUUAUGAAGUUUCUUCAGCCUUUCACCGAUUUGUA